UUUUUAUCUGAGCUUUCCCUGCUGCACAUCAUCACACACACUCACACUCUCACGCUCUCACUUCUUCAUAUCCUGGGAAACUUUCACCACAAAAGUGAAAAUGGGGAAAAUUAACGGAUGCCUGAAAUGUCUCUUCAUCUUCUUCAACGUGAUGUUUGCUAUCCUCGGAUGUUUGCUGAUCUACGGGACGGUGAGGCUCACCGCCUACAGCUUCGAGCUGUCGGCGUUCGGGAGCCCCAGCCUGGGUUGGAUGUGGUUGUUUGCCAUCGGCGUCCUCGGCAUCUCCUCCCUGGGGAUCUACGCAGCCUGCGCUGAGAACGCUCUGGCCCUGAAAAUAUUCGCAGGUUUCAUGGUGGCCGGAAUGAUCAUCAUGAUGAUCUUUGGCAUCGUUAUGGUUGUCACGAGGAACAAGGUCAGAGAUCUAUUUGAUAGCGCCUCCGCUGAACUGGUGAAGCCCUUCAUGGAUGACGAUGGAAUGAAAGAGAUGCUCAAUACGCUGCAGCUUUCUGCUCACUGCUGUGGAGUGGUGAGCGCCAAGGACUGGGGCGAAGACAUCCCUGAGUCCUGUGAGUGCAGGAACAGGGGACAAGGGCCAUAUGGUGGAAGUGAUCAAUGCACAGCCAGACCUUCGGGAACCAAAGGACCGGCCCAAAUUUAUGAACUGACCUGCAGCACAGUAAUCUACUCGUACAUUCACCUCGCCUUCGGCGUCGCCAUGGGCUUCUUCUUUGGAUGUGCUGUUACAGCGCUGCUCGGCCUGUUGAUCUCGCUCCUGAUGGUCCAUCAGGUCAACCGUCACGACGCAUCAGGAGCGUCCAUCGCCAUGAAGGGCUACUGACCAACCUUGACCCCUGACCUUUGACCCCUGACUUUUAACCUCUGCACUGCCACUAGGGGGCUCAUCUUUGUAUGACGGCGUUUCUGCCUUUUUUUAACGAUAGGAAAGACAAGGUUUUGCAAAGUAAGAUUUCAUGCGGCAGAAAAAGUGCUUUACCAGCUUUUUUAAUCGUAGAAAAUCUUAUAAAUAUCUAAUUUUUUGGUGGAUAAUAUAUCAAUGCAUAUAUCAUGCGUGUUAUUUGAUGGUAUUUUAGCUGCCUCAUAUUUCUAGGCUCAACAUUUAUUUUUACCACUGAAGGUUUUUUAACAUUUAUUUUUUUAGAAAAUCGCACCAUGACGUUCACCUGAGCAUCAAAAAUCUGAUUAAUGAAGUAACUGCAGUAAUAAAUGACUCUUGACUCUUGUAUCGCAAAACUUAGAGGUUUUGUGGAGCAAGAAGAAAACGUUAAAUGAACAUGGAUGGUGAAAAAUGGCUAACAGGCUAAUUGGAUAGCUUCCUCCAUUUUGAAAUCCCCAUUUUUUAGUUUUCUCUAAAGGUCACGACUGUGAAAAUCUUGUGCUGUUGGUCAACAACACAUUUCAAUCGAUAAAAGAUUGAAAGUAUAUUUGUGGAUUUUUUGUCUUGGCAGCUUCAAUUGGAAUUAUGCUUUAAAGUAAGACGACCAAAAAGGAUCAGAAUCAAUUGUAUUUUCCUUGUUGGUAACAGAAAACAACAGUUAUGGACAUUAUUUUUUAUAGAAUUACCGGUAAACAUUUCAGAACCUUGUUGGAUUAAAACGAUCCGGUCAGAGGAAGUCAGCUGCCACCCGUCUGCAGGAUUGUAAGGAAUGUACGACAAAGUCACCCGGGUUUAAACUUUCUAGGUAAAACAACUUCUUGUUCUUUUCAUGUGUCACUGAUCCACAGAAACUGAAAUUGUUCUGCAUCACAACUCCCCAAUAAACAAUUCAAAGAAAACAUUUCA